GCGCCCGCUGUUUUUGCGACUCCUGUUGGUUAUACAGAGAGUCGCAGCCUUCCUUCAGCUCCAACAACAGACUUUUUGUUGUCUGCUGCCACAAACCGGCAUUGUGUUUUUUUUAGCACUUCACAACCAGAAGCCUGGAUACAAACGCUUCGCACUGCAGGGAUGUCGAAAUUAAAGCUGAUAUCUGUAACUGACACACAGUUUCCUGUGUCCUUGCUGGAGGCCAUCAGUGAGCAGAGAAACAACGGAUUAUUCUGUGAUGUGACCAUAAUUGUACAGGACCGCAAGUUCAGGGCACACAAGACAAUGCUAUCGGCAUCUAGCACUUACUUUCGUCAGCUUUUUUCAGUUGCAGGACAAGUGAUUGAGCUUAAUUUUGUCAAGGCAGACAUAUUUGAAGAAGUCCUGAAUUACAUAUACACCGCAAAAAUCCACCGGAUUCGCUCCGACAAGAUCGAAGAUCUGAUCAGCGCAGGCCAGAUCUUAGGAGUCAAGUUCAUUGCCAAUCUCGCGACCCCACUUUCACAAGUCAAGGGGCUACCUGGCUUGUCAAAAGAAGGGGAUAGUAGCAAUGCUAAUACCAAUGAGAAAAACGAAACUGGAGUGGAGUAUAUGCCAGUCAUCACCGAAUCCUUCACUUUAUCAGCCGAAGAAUUUAAAAUGGUAAGUGGCAAUGUCGACAGAGAUGAUCCAGACAGUGACGAUGUUCUGUUUGUCUCAGAGGUGGAAGUACCAAAAGCUCAGAAAACAAAGCAAUCUCAGGUUAUAGAUUUGGACGUGGAUCAAGGACCAGAGCCUAAAAAAAAAAAAGGCACAAAUGAAGAAAAACUGAACACUCAAAGCGGAAAUGUCCAACAUGAGGAAAGCAAGCUCCCUUCAGAAGGUGAAGUGCCAAAGAAAUUCCAAGAAAGCCCAGAGCCCCAUGCAAUCCCUGCAGCUGACACCAUGUCCCCAAACCCCAGUGGUGAUGUUAUGGCCUAUGAUGCAAGAUCCUCCACACAGAGUGCACCCUCUACCCCAGCCCGUGUGAACAGUCUUACCCCUGACUCACUUAAUACCACUCUGCCUCUGGAACCCAGUGAAGUGCUUGGAGUUCAGAAGAAGAAGGUUUUAUUGGAGCAGUUACCAGAUCGGCCAAGCAAAAUUAGAUUGUCGGACGUGAGGCCGACCUUCAGCCCUAAUAAUGGAACUGGGUUAGAUGCUGCUCUGACCAAGAAGACAAUUACAUUAGACAAAGCCUCAGAAAUCGAUUCGCUGUCAUCAGGUUGCAAGGUUUAUGCCAACAUAGGGGAGAACACCUAUGACAUUGUUCCUGUUAAAGAAUACUCAGGUGAGGGAGAAGCUCGACCAUCCCCUGGGCGAAAAUCACAGACCUCAGUGCAGGCUGCAAGCAAUCUUUCCCCUGGGUCGCCUCGAGGUAAGAAAAAAGGUAAAGAGCAAGAGGACCAUUAUGAACUUAUUAUGGACGGAAAGACCUUUUAUGUGUGCGUUGUGUGCAAGCGUCCCUACGUGUGCCUGACGAGCCUCAGGCGCCACUUUAACACGCACUCGUGGGAGAGGAAGUACCCGUGCCGCUACUGCGACAAAGUAUUUGCUCUGGCUGAAUACAGAACCAAACAUGAGAUCACUCACACAGGUGAAAGACGCUAUCAGUGUUUAGUGUGUAAUGAAAUGUUUCUUAACUACCAGUUGUUGUCCUCACACUGCAAGCAAAUGCACAAUCAAGACCCCUCAGGCAGGAAGGAGAAGGACGACACGGACAAUAACUUGUACCGCUUACUUCCAUGUAAAACGUUGCAGUUUAAGCCGUACUCUUUCGUCUCUGGCGAGACCGGAGGGAUUCCAAUCAUUAACGAAAACGGGAUUGUGCAGCACGUUAACCCUGGCAGGCCACAAUUCCCAAACCAGGAACUCCAUUCAAGCCAGAGCAAAAUGUUGAACUGGGAUGAUAUCUUCAUCGAGCCCGACGUGCACGCUCGGCCAGGGGCUCACGCACGACCCGGACCACCUCCUCGACCCGCAAAUCAAAUGAAUGUAGACAACAGCACAGAGUUUGAAUUUGUCAUACCAGAAACAUACUGAGCUGGCAUGUUCUCAUUUCUGAUUACUAUGGUGCCUUUUAAUGUUACACGUUUCAAAGAAAUGUCAUUGAAUUCAGCCAACUGGAAAAGUUAGUAAGUUAAUUGAACACACAAAAUAUGUUUGUCGUUCAAGAUGGGUUUUAGGUGUUUUGUCCGAAUCGUAUGUUUGAAAUUGUUCUGUAGCUUUUAAUUACAUUUGUCUUAUGCUUCAAAACUUGGCAGUACUUCGCAUACAACAGAUUCCUGUUUUAACUUUUACUUAAAGGUACAGUUGUGGGCUUGAUAAAAACAUAACAAACAGUAGUUUCAAGAGGCUGGGAAUUGAGAGAUGCUAUUUUAUUUCCUACAUUAAUCAGACUGUGGAUAUUAUGUACUUAUGAACCAAGUGAAGCCAUGUGUUGCAGUAUGUCAGAACUAGUAAGCAAGAGUCAAGCACUCAAUCAAUCAAAGCACUUCAUAUUGUACCUUUAAUCUGUGAAUUGCUUGGAAAAAAGAUGAAUGGUAUCAGAGGAGAAAUGGUAUGUGUUUAGGAAAGAAAUACACAUGUUCACUUUAGUUCUGUUUGAAUUGUGGCAUAGUUAAGCAUUGUGAGUUUCAUUUUACACAUUUUACUGUGGUAUUGCUAGCGUGGAGGGACGUAAAUGAGUCAGAGAGCACACCAUUUAUACAAAGUCCAUGUACUAUAAUUCCAGCACAGAAAAUGUGGACAAAUGUGCAGAUGAUUACCUGUUAAAAUUCAGUACUGGAGAUAUUUGAAACAUUCUAUGUAUAUCUGUUUCCUUUUUUUUUUUUUUUUGUUCGUUUUUAUAGUGUUUUGAAUCUUAAAAAUAAUGAGCAUCUCAAUAGAUUCUACAAUAAUAAUACACUUGUUUCAUUACAGAGACCAUUCAUUUGA